AUGGCGGCCGAGGUCGCUUCCGCUCCCGGGAGGCGAGGCUCCCAGCUGAGCUCCUGGUUUGCAGAGCCUGUGUUCGCACCUAUGACCCUGAAUGCCACUGCUGUUGGCCAAGAAGCUGAGGUGGCAUGUUUGUUGUUCCAGGAGGCAGUGACGUUUAGGGACGUGGCCGUGGUCUUCAGUGAGGAGGAGCUAGAGCUCCUGGAUGCUGCCCAGAGGAAGCUGUACCAUGAUGUGAUGCUGGAGAACUUCAGGAACCUUCUGUCAGUGGGAACCCAGAGUCCAAAGAAGAUGGAGUGUCUUCAUGAGGCAUUAAUAAGGUGCCUUUCAUUGGGGCGUCUUCCAUGCUGGCAAAUGGCAAACCAUGAUAUCAACAAACUGGCCAAAACUCAAGCUGUCAUAAACACUCAAGGAAAAGGUUCUCACUUCCUGGAGCAAUGUCAUUCCUCCUGCCAUGUGGGAGUGCAAGAGCCUUCCUGGGCCUCAGGGUAUGACAGCUAUCUUGAGAGUCUCACAAACAACCUUUCCAGUGUUACUCAAUAUGAGGAAUUUCUGUCUGUCAGAGCUCAGCAUUCUUGGAGUAAAACACAUCUUAGUGAGAGAAAGAACCAUCAGAAACACUGUCCACGGACUCCUGUGAAAAGUAGUGCAAUGCUGUUGGCUUCGGAUGUUGACAUUCCAAGUUGCAUGUCCCACCGCAAUAACAAUAUACUCCUUAAAAGAGAGAAAGCCCAAAGGAACAGUGACUGUGAUAAAGUCAUCUUUCAUGUAUCACCCCUCACUCAGCAUAGUGUUUACACAGAACACAAGACCUACCAGUGCAGCAAGGGCCAAGAAGUCUUCGCUGACAGCCCUGGCCUAGAACUCCAUCAGCAGGUCCUCUUAGGAAAGGAGUCCCCUGUAUGUAGUACACAUGUGGACACAAAGCAUAACUCCAUUGUCCCCAUUCAACAAAGUGCUCUUCCAGGAAAAAAACACUACUGGUGUCACAACUGUGGCAAGAGUUUCAGUCAGAGCUCAAACCUUCAGAAUCACCAGAGAGUGCACACGGGUGAGAAGCCCUACCGAUGUGACAGUUGUGGGAAAGGCUUCAGCCGCAAGUGGGAUCUCAAAAUCCACAGCAGAGUGCACACAGGAGAGAAACCUUACAAGUGUAAGGUGUGUGGGAAGGGCUUCACAAAGUGGGAACACCGCCAGAUCCAUGAGAGAACUCACACAGGAGAGAAGCCAUAUAAGUGUGGCAACUGUGGCAAAUGCUUCACUUAUAGCUCCAACCUUCACAGGCACCAGAGAGUCCACACUGAGGAGAAACCCUACAAGUGUGAUGAGUGUGGGAAGCGCUUUCGCUCAAAUUCCAACCUUCACAGCCAUCAGCAGGUCCACACAGGAGAGAAGCCAUAUAAAUGUGAAGAAUGCAAUAAGGGUUUCAGUUCAGUGUCAAACUUCCGAAGCCACCAGCGGGUCCAUACAGGAGAAAAGCCAUUUUCCUGUAAUGUGUGUGGGAAACGCUUCAGUUUGAGCUCAAAUUUUCAAGCCCAUCAGAGAGUUCACUCUGGGGAGAAACCAUACAGAUGUGAUGUGUGUGGGAAGCACUUCACCUGGAGAUUGAGCCUUCACAGUCACCAGAGUGUCCACACAGGAGAGAAACCCUAUAAAUGUGAGGAGUGUGGGAAAGGCUUCAGUCAUGCCUCCAGUUUACAGGCUCAUCGCAGCAUCCACACUGGUGAGAAGCCAUUCAAAUGCAAUGCUUGCCAGAAGUGGUUCAGUAAGGCCUCGAACCUCCAGUCCCACCAGAGGGUGCACACGGGAGAAAAGCCCUACAAAUGUGACACAUGUGGGAAAGCCUUUAGCCAGAGGUCCUAUGUCCAAAUCCAUCAGGUAAUUCACACUGGAGAGAAGCCAUUCAAGUGUAAGGUGUGUGGGAAGCAAUUCAAAUGGAGCUCAGAGCUUAGUGCUCACAGGAGGGUCCACAUAGGGGAGCAACCCUACAUGUGUCAGCAGUGUGGGAAAGCCUUCAGUCAGGCCUCACACUUCCACAUGCACCAGAGGGUCCACACUGGGGAGAGGCCCUACAUUUGUGGAAUCUGCUAUAAGGGUUUCAGACAGAAAUCACAUCUUGUCUACCACCAGAAGGUCCACACUGCAAAAAACCUCUAGGUUUGUUUUGCUCUCAGGUGGGCUGAUAAUAGUCAUGCUGCUGAUUAUUAAAGGCUCCUCCCAAAACUCAGAAGCUCUGUAGAGAGACUGUGUUUUGGUUAUUUUCCCCUCAACUCAUUUUCAUAUUUGGUUCAUUAUACAAAAGGGUGAUUGAUUGUAUUUUAGAAUGGAUCUUAGCAUACAAAGUAAAAAAAAAAAAAAAUUAAAGACAUAGAAAUGGUUUCUGAUUUAAUUAUGAAGGAGAAAUUUUAAAAAAUGAAGAAUUGUCAAUUGUCAGGAACAGACCCAACAGAAAUUGUAGUUUCUCAUAAUAAUGCUGAGAUUAUGUCAUUAUGCAUAAUCAAUGAAGAUUGGCAGAGACGUUGUAGAACUAAGAGAAAUUAACUAAUAUUCCAAAACCAAAUGACUUCAGUUUAUAAAAAGAACUAACUGAAUUCUCCCACAGUAAAAAGAACACCAAUUCCUGAAGCACUCACAUUUAUAUUAACUGGUUAUAAGUCAGAAAAAAAAAUAAAGUAAUUCAAAGCCUAUAUGUUUCAGUUCAGAGUUUUAUGCCAUUCUUAUGGUACUAUUAAAUUUUCCUGAGUCUCUUAAUAUUAUUACUGACUCUCAAUA